AGUCCACGCUUGGAGAAAGUAGGUUAGCAGGGUAGACGGACAGGAAAGCAGGAAAGAGAGUCAGAGCGCAGAAAGGGGGGGUCCAAACAACGCUCCUUCAUCGUGCGGAUCCAAUCUGUCAAAUUAAACAACAAAGUUGAGGAGAAGCUGCUCGUCGGUGCGCGACGGACGUCUUACCAUGAGAUCCGAAGCGAUUUCCUGCACUCUUUUAUUUUACUCUAACUUGAUCGAGCGAUAAAUAAGAGGAGUUUAUUUCUCUCUCUUUUUGCCACUUUCUGUUUUCCUUUUUUUAAAACAGAAAAAAAAAGGUUUUUGGAAUCGUGCUUAUUCAAGCUGAUCGCAGUUGGGAAUAAGUUCAUAUUUAUAGAGCCAGUUUAGUCUGGCUCCGGCGCUUUAUUCGCCUCUCGUCUGUUUUCCAACACUAAAUUCAUGUAGCCGAGUCUUCACCGCCCUGCCCAGAAAUAAAGAACACAUCAAAAAUGAGAGCUCAAAUCGAGGUCAUCCCCUGUAAGAUCUGUGGGGACAAGUCCUCAGGAAUCCACUAUGGAGUCAUUACCUGUGAGGGCUGCAAGGGUUUCUUCCGUCGCAGCCAGCAGAACAACGCCAUGUACUCUUGCUCCCGCCAGAGGAACUGUCUGAUUGACCGAACGAACCGCAAUCGUUGCCAGCACUGCCGUCUUCAGAAGUGUCUGGCUCUGGGCAUGAGCCGAGAUGCUGUGAAGUUUGGCCGCAUGUCAAAGAAGCAGCGUGACAGCCUCUACGCCGAGGUCCAAAAGCAUCAGAAGUCUCAAGAGUGUGUGGGCUCUAACGGCCCCGCAGCUCUGUCUCUACCCAGAGAGGACGGAGGCUGCGGCAGCGGGGCGGACGACGGCGAGGAGGGCCUGAGCCGCUCCUACAGCAGUGGGGGGUCCACAUCGACCCUCAGCGACCUGGACGACAUCGCCGCACUGCCCGACCUUUUUGACCUACCGCUGACGCCCGAGGAGGCCAGCGAGUACUGCAGCCUGGAGCUGCUGGGAGGCGGAGGAGACAGCACCGGGAACACAUCUAACUCCUCAUCCUCGUCUUCCGCUUCCUCGUCCAAUCAGAACUCGCCACAGCAGACCAUAAUGGACACGGCAGACAGCUGUGGGAGCCAACUCCUGCUCACACACUCGCUUCUGGGACGCAGACGGUCACUUUUGGACCAGUUGCCUGAUGACUGCUCAGUAACAGACCUCGAGCAUGUCACUCAGAGUAUUGUAAAGUCUCACUUGGAAACAUGCCAGUACAGCGCAGAAGACAUGAAGAGAUUCACCUGGGUACAUUACACACCCGAAGAAACCAGAGUUUUCCAAAACAAGUCGGCCGAGUGGAUGUGGCAGCAGUGCGCACAUCACAUCACCAAUGCCAUCCAGUAUGUGGUGGAGUUUGCCAAGCGCAUAGCUGGCUUUAUGGACCUGUGCCAGAAUGAUCAGAUUAUUUUGCUGAAAGCAGGCUGUCUGGAGGUCCUACUCAUACGCAUGUGUCGCGCCUUUAACAGCAACAACAACACCAUCUUCUUCAAUGGAAAAUUUGCCUCGGCUCAGUUCUUCAAAGCUCUGGGGUGUGAUGAUCUGGUGAGCGCCGUUUUUGAGCUGGGAAAAGGUCUCAGCCGUCUGCAGCUCUCAGAUGAGGAAAUGGCCCUGUUUAGCGCUGCUGUUCUUCUGUCACCUGAUCGACCCUGGCUGACAGAAGGUCAGAAGGUCCAGAAGCUCCAAGAGAAAGUCUACCUGGCUCUGCAGCACAGCCUACAGAAGAGUGGUGCUUCUGAGGAGAAACUGGACAAGAUGCUGUCUAAGCUGCCCAUAAUGAAGUCCAUCUGUAAUCUCCACGUCGAUAAACUGGAGUUUUUCCGCUUGGUCCACCCAGAGACUGCCUACAGUUUUCCACCGCUGUACCGGGAAGUGUUCGGCAGUGAGAUGCCUCUGCCGGACUCCACCGACAGCUAGGCAGAGAGAUAAAACAGGAGAGAUGAGGAGAGUGUAAUAGAAAGUAGAGGGGGCACACGUGAGACAGAGAGCGACAGAAAACCAGCUGUUAUAGAGACAAUCCAGGACUAUAAAUACUCAGUCUCCCAAAGCAGUCCUCCACUAUCCCAGCAGCAGGCGAAGCACCUUACACUACAUACCACACAUGCUCCUGCUCUACUGCAAAUUGUAGCAUUGUAAACCAGUGUGUGGGCAUCUUAUUAAAAUCACAGCAGCCCACAUGGCAUGUAACAGCUCCAAGCUCUAAAAGAUAUUUAAGCAUUGAUCCACUGGGGAUCGCCGAACUAGUUAUGAAUGUACCUCUUCUAUUAGCACCAGUGCACAAAUGAGAACCAAACAACGAUGAAUGUACAAUCCUGCCACUCGAAAGCAAAGCUUCUCACACGGAACUGGCACGAUGUCAAUAUUGGCGCAGAUGUUAGUCAAAAGUUCUCAAUGUUAUGCAUCUCAGAGGGAUGCACAUGCAUUUCCAUGCAUCCUUUCACUGAUCCGCACUUAGGGACCAAGAUCACAGAUCAGAGGUUCUUCUGACAUGCAUAGAAAAACACAUAGAAACCGACUCACGGCCUGUGGUGAAGUCAGCAAUCAGUUUCACUCACAGUAAAUAGUGUUAGGUGCUGCCUUUUCAUAGGCUUUUGUAAUGCAAUGAAAAAACCUCAGUCCCACACAACCCCUUCCUUGUAAAUGCCACUUAGACACAGGAAAAGAUGAAACUAUCUUUAAUUUAUAUACACGUUUAUAAGAAAAAAAAAUAUUUUAAAUAAGAAUGUAAAUAGAUGUCUAUGUGACUUUAUGGAAAGAGUAAGAGUGUGUGGGGGAAGAAAAAGGAGUAAAGCGGAUAUGGCGGCACAACAGAUAUUUGGACUCAGAUCUUUUUUUAUUAUUUUUUUUUUUUUUUUUUUUCUGGAUGAUUUUUUCCUCUCUUGGCAGUAUUCUCAGGUUUCCACUGCAACAACCCCCUCUUGGCCCAACGGCAAAGGGACGGCCAUCCUGCAAGCGAGGGGGUGGACACUUGUUGCUGAUUUAUCAUAGCAGGGGAGAGGCAGCAAACUCGCACACAGUAAUGAAAGAAAAAUGCCUUGCAUUUUGAACUGUUGGCUUUCGCUCUGCACUGCUGCUGCCCACCCCUGCUGAAAGAGACAAGAGGACGAACGCGGACAUUAAGCAAGGGAGACAGCAAGCCAAAAGAUGACUUAACGGACUACAUAGCGACAGAGGAAACACUGCCAGAUGUUUCUGACAGGCAGAAAGCACGUCAGGAAUACGUUGAUGUAUUUGUGUUUUGCCGAAAGCGUUGCAUCUAGCUCGAGGCUGGGAUUGCGAUGGUCCAUAUGCAUCAUGAAACCUCUCUGCUGGUUGGUGCAACUGUAUUAUUUUGUACAUUUGGAGUUUCUCUCCUUUAGUCCUACACCCGACACUUUUCCAAAUAUCAAGCACUUAUACUUUCCUGUUUCUCACUUGACACUAGUCCAAGGCCAGACAGAGCUACCAGCUGCCCCCCUGAGUUUUGCUUCCAUGCCAGUAAGACUUCAGUCGAUUUGUUUUAUUUUUUCUUUGUUCAUUAUUUUUACUCCAUGUCUGCCACAAAAAAAGAAUCAGCCAUAACUGUUUACAAUUCAUUCAUGUACAUAACACACUGUUCCGAAGGUGAUGACAAUGUCUUACUCGGGGUGCUGUGUCGUUUUUGAGCAGAACAUGAGGACCCUCUGCUUGCUGCUCAGGGAGAUAGCUGUGAUCUCUUGUCCCUUUAUUGCAAGUGUCAUCUUUUUAGCCUUGUACUCCUCACACCCUUUGCACCUAAGACCCAUAACCAUAAUCACUGUGGACGUAAGAUCUAUUUUUGUGAAUGUUAACCACAAAGUGUCAAAGCCCGUCUUUGUUUGUCCUAAUGUUGUAACAAUCAAGUUCAGAUUCAUAGAAUUUUAAAACGAAACAAAACGGAAAAAAAAAAAUCAGUUAGUGUUCAAACGAAAUUUUGUUAUCGGGGUUUUCAUGUUUCUUUUGCUGUGAUUUUUCAGUUAUUCGUCAGUCUUUUAUCCACAUUUUUCUCAUGUGUCUUCACCUUUGGUCUCGUAAAGUCAGUGAUUUAUUUUUUAUUUAAAGACAUUUAGGAAAACAUCAAACAAAAAACAGUAUAUAGUUUGACUCCCCUUUUUGUUUCCCUGAAUGACAAAAUGUACUACAGGUAUCUUACUAGUUCAAGAAUAACAGAGUCACACAGCUCAGUAUAUAUUGUUGUCCAACCGGAUACAUUAUAUGUGGUUUUGAGAAUGUAAUAAAUGGUUUCUUUUCCUUUGGA